UAAAAGCGAACGGAAACUACGAGAUCUCCGCGCUCCAGGCCCCGGCCUCCCACGGCGACGCGUGACGGGGUGGUGGCCGCGCACGCAGCCGCCGCCAUGUCGGCCCCUCCACCAUCCAAUACUUCGCCUCCAUCUACUUCUACUCCUGCAGCUGCAGCUGCAGCCCUGUCGCCUCCUUCUCCAAGCACUCCAGAGCCGUCGAACUCGACCACGUCCGCUGCAGCCCCGUCGCUUCCACCACCGCAAGCGCCAGUUCCGCCGCCGCCGCCGCCACCGACCCCGGUUGCUCCGCCGGCUGUUUCUCCUCCAGGGACUCCUCCUGCUGGCCCACCGGCAACGGUGUCUCCGCCGCCUGAUCGUCCGGCUCCUUCGCCACCCGCCCCGCCGCUUCUCUCGCCCCCCGUGCAACCGCCAGCGCCUCCAUCUGCUCCGCCGGCACUUUCGCCUCCACCGCUGGCGCCAUCUACUCCACCCCCGGGACCCACGCCAUCUGCCCCGCCGGCGCCACCGGCUCCUCUGCCGCAAUCGCCAGUGACUCCUGCUGCUCCGCCGCCAGCGGCGUCUCCUCCUACGCCGCAGCCACCGGUGACACCAUCUGCACCACCGGCGUCUCCUGCUCCUAUACCACAGCCACCGGCUAUACCAGUACCAGCUGCUCCACCGGCGUCUCCUUCUCCUAUACCGCAGCCACCAAUACCUUCUCCACCUGCACCGGUGAUGCCACCACCGUUGCCUGCGCCAUCAGUAAUCUCUCCUCCAUCGCCGCCAGCGAUCCCUGCGCCAGUAACUCCCACACCGUCCCAACCGACGAUCACGCCGCCUUCACCGUCAACGCCCACUCCGGCGCCUCCAAUGCCGCCGGUGCCUGCGCCAACGCCCACGCCGCCGUCGCCUCCAGUGACGCCUGCGACACCACUGACGCCAUUACCGCCGCCAUCCCCUGCGGUGCCAGCACCAGUGACGCCGUCCCCUCCUACCGUGGCUCCGGUACCACCAACACCCACUCCUCCAGCACCACCCUUGCCGUCGCCGCCUUCUCCCGUGACGCCAGUGCCACCAGUGCCGUCUCCGCCGUCUCCAGUGAUGCCAUCUCCAUCAAUACCGGUGCCACCAUUGCCUUCCCCGGCAAGGCCGUCUCCACCUUCGCCAGUGACUCCGUCUCCCCCAGGUGUCCCAGCUCCAAUCAUACCACCAUCCCCGCGAACGCCGGAGCCACCACCCGCGACGCCAUCUCCACUCCGGCCAGACCCUCCAGCGGCGCCCAGCAGACGGCCGCCCUCGCCGACUCCUGCUCCGCGAUCUCCGCAUGCCCCUCCUGCUCCUCCUGGCGUAAUUCCGUCUCACCCUCCUCCUCCCGGCGUAACCCCGUCGUCCCCAAGUGAUGGCCCUUCUUCCACGACAUCAUUCGCACCUCCGGCGCCGUCAGGUUCAAACGGGACUGUGAUCGGCGUGUCCGUGGCCGUCGCAACGGUGGUCAUGCUCGGCCUCAUAGUCGGCCUCAUCUACUGCCUCUGCUGCUCCAAGAAGAGCCGUCAACGCCGCCGCAGCUCUCCGCCCGGCAACGUCUACGGCCCCCGCGGGCUGCCGGUGACGUGGUCGCACCAGCAAGCGAAGCCGCAGUCGCACUACUCGCAGCAGAUGCUCGGGCAGUCGUGGCAGACCAGCAGCGGCAGCAGCAGCGGCGUGCUCUUGGGGCCCCUCCGCCCGCCGCCGCCGCCGCCGCCGCCGUUGUUCACGGGCGGCACCGUGUCGUACGCGGAGCUGGUGGCGGCGACGCGCGGGUUCUCGGACGCCAACCUGCUGGGGCAGGGCGGGUUCGGGCACGUGUACCGCGGCACGCUGGAGCGCGGCGGCGGCGGCGGCGAGGUGGCCAUCAAGCGCCUGCGGCCCGGGAGCGGGCAGGGCGACCGCGAGUUCCGCGCCGAGGUGGAGAUCAUCAGCCGCGUGCACCACCGCCACCUCGUGUCCCUCGUCGGCUACUGCAUCCACGGCGACCAGCGCCUGCUCGUCUACGAGUACGUGCCCAACAAGACGCUCGAGCUCCACCUGCACGGGAGUGGUCGCCCGGUGCUGGAUUGGCAGCAGAGGUGGAGGAUCGCACUUGGGUCCGCCAAGGGACUGGCAUACUUGCACGAGGACUGUGAUCCUAAGAUUAUCCACCGUGACAUCAAGGCGGCAAACAUACUUCUGGAUUACAAUUUCGAGCCCAAGGUUUCAGACUUUGGGUUGGCCAAGAUACAGCCGGCAGACGACACUCACGUCUCCACGCGUGUUAUGGGAACCUUUGGAUAUCUGGCGCCGGAGUACGCCACCACCGGCAAAGUAACGGACCGGUCCGACGUCUACUCGUUCGGGGUCGUGCUUCUUGAGCUGAUCACAGGGAUGACGCCUGUCCUGUCGCCGGAGCCAGACAACGACGAGACUCUGGUUUCUUGGUCGAAGCCUAGGCUGGCGAGAGCUCUCGGAGAGGACGCCCUGGACGAGCUGACCGACCCGAUCCUGGGCACCAACUACGACGGCGUCGACAUGCGCCGGCUCAUCGCCUGCGCCGCCGCUGCGGUGCGGUCCACGGCCCGGACCCGCCCCCGGAUGGGCCAGAUCGUGCGGUUCCUGGAAGGGCAGAUGUCGGCGGAGGCCCUCAACGGCGGCGUGGCGCCGGGGCAGAGCGGGACCGUGGACGACGGCGCGGCCGACCAGCUGCGGCGGAUGAGGCGGUUGGCGUUCGUGCCGGCGGCCUCCUCCACGGGGGGCUUCCUCACCGAGGACACGAGCAGGAGCUACGUGAGCGAAGCGACCAGCGAGUACGGGCUGCACCCGUCGUCGUCCAGCUCCAGCGACGACGGCGCCACGAGCGAGGCGGCCAGCGCAGGGAGGGACGGGCAGAGGUCCGGCGAGAUCGGCGUCGCCGACGGGAUGACCCGCCGCACGCGGUCGGGACGCGCCGACGAGUGACGCUCGCAACGGAGUUACAAAUUUUUUUUUUGCCGGCGGGUUGCCGUAAAGUUCCUUCUUGGGUUCUUUAAUUUAUUAACGUUUGUUACACCAUACAGGUAAUUAGGAAUUCAGGUUAGUGGUAGGGAUGGAACUUUUCUAGCUUCCUCGUAUCAUUUCGGUCCAAGGGUUUGCUAGAUAAAAGUAAAACUACUUCCAGUCAAGUUUUGGAGAACAAAAGAUAUCGAGUAAGACGCAGCGGCUUGAUUCCUCUUC